AUAUCUAUUAUUAAAUGUAUUAGUGUGUGCUGCAAAUUUCCAUUACUUUUUCUUCAGAUAGGAAAGGUGGAUCGCGGACGUUUUGAGCUCGAAAGAAGGGGUUUCCUCGAUGAUGGUUUUGGUAGACGACCAGCACUAUAUGACGAACGUGAACGCAGUUUAAGAUCAGCAAUAAUAGAGUACCCUGGUUUCCCAAAACGAGAAGAAGACUGGCGUUCUUCGGGUCAUCCGCGUCGCCCGGAACCUGUUGUCGAGUCACCAAUGUCGUGGAAGCGUGGUUUGGAAACACAUUCGUGGGCAAGUGAAAGAACGGAAGGAAGCGAUAACUGGAGGAGAGAGAGGGAUCGUUCGCCUAGUGGUUACGAUGAUUGGAAGGCCGGAAGGUUAGAUCGUGGCGUCGAUCACCGUCUCCUCGGCGCCGCUCGCUGUCGCCUCCUAGAAGGAUUGCACCUGCACAUGAUCGCCACAGUGGUAUUCUGGAAAAGGGAUGAUUCGUCGCUGAGUAAAGGCAGACACGAGAAAACUGCUGGGAAGCAUAAAUCUCCCGAACCUCGUGAAAAGGGCUCUAUAACGAAUCUCAGUGAGGAUGAACUUGAAAAGAUGCACAGUAUCUACAAGACUGGUUGCGACUCCGACUUCCAUAAAUCUUGA